UGCGCGGCGGCGACGGCAGCCGGGGGGCGAUGACGAACACGCGGCCGUCCGCCGCUAGGAAGCGCGGGGCGGAGCGCGGCGGCGAGGGGACAGCGGCCGAGGGCUCGCCCGGGCGGGAGCGGCGGCCGGGGGCAGCGGUGAGGGCCGACAUGCACCGGGUAGGCGGCGGCGGCUGGGCGCUGGCCGCGCUGUUGCUGGCGGCUUCGGUGCUGGGCGCCACGUUGCUGGUCCCGGGCGGCUCCCUGGAACGCGGCGCCGAGGCCGCGCCCCCGCCAGAUUUAGACAAAAAAAGGCCUAUGGAGCUGAAGAUGGAUCAGGCUUUGCUUCUCGUCCAUAAUGAACUCCUUCAGAGACACCUGACUGUCUACUGGAAAUCUGAACGCUGUUACCAGUGCUUGUUUCAGGUUCUGGCAAAUGUCUCUCAGAGUGGAAAAUCUGGGAAGCCCAGCCUUGCAGCUGUGUCCGUCAGCACCCAGCACGGAUCCAUCCUGCAGGUGAAUGACACCCUGGAAAAGAAGGAAGUCUGCAGGCUAGAAUACAAAUUUGGAGAAUAUGGAAAUUAUUCUCUCUUGGUAAAGCACAUCCCCAGUGGAGUCAAUGGAAGCACUUGUGACCUAGUUGUCAAUGAGGAUCCAGUCGAUAGUAAUCUCCCUGUGAGCAUUGCAUUCCUCAUCGGUCUAGCAGUUGUCAUUGCAGUGUGCUUUCUGAGGCUCUUGUUUAGUUUGGAUGACUUUAACAAUUGGAUUUCUAAGACCAUAAAUUCUCGAGAAACGGAUCGCCUCAUCAACUCGGAGCUGGGAUCUCCAAGCAGGGCAGACUCUCUCGGCGGUGACACCCAGCCAGCCACGUGGCACCUGUCCGCCCACCCACCCCGCCUCCGCUGCGUGGACACAUUCAGGGGGAUAUCGCUCACCCUCAUGGUCUUCGUCAAUUACGGAGGAGGAAAAUACUGGUACUUCAAACACUCCAGUUGGAAUGGACUGACGGUGGCGGACCUUGUAUUCCCAUGGUUUGUAUUUAUUAUGGGAUCUUCAAUUUUUCUGUCAAUGACAUCCGUACUGCAACGGGGAUGUUCAGAAUGCAGACUGCUGGGGAAAAUUGCCUGGAGGAGUUUCCUGUUAAUCUGCAUAGGAAUUAUCAUUGUGAACCCCAAUUAUUGCCUUGGUCCAUUGUCUUGGGAUGAGCUGCGGAUCCCCGGUGUGCUGCAGCGGCUGGGAGUGACCUACUUUGUGGUCGCCGUGCUGGAGCUGCUCUGCGCGAAACCUGUGCCUGAGAACUGUGCUCUGGAGAGAGGAUGCUUUUCUCUUCGAGAUAUCACCUCCAGCUGGCCCCAGUGGCUCCUUAUUCUGAUGUUGGAAAGCACCUGGCUCGGUCUGACCUUCUUCUUACCGGUUCCAGGGUGCCCUACGGGUUACCUUGGCCCUGGUGGCAUUGGGGAUUUGGGGAAGUAUCCAAAUUGCACUGGAGGAGCUGCUGGCUACAUUGACCACCUGCUUCUGGGAGAGAAUCACCUUUACCAACACCCUUCGUCUGCUGUGCUUUAUCACACAGAAGUGGCCUAUGAUCCCGAAGGAAUUCUGGGAACCAUCAACUCCAUUGUGAUGGCCUUUUUAGGAGUUCAGGCUGGAAAAAUACUAUUAUAUUACAAGGACCAGACCAAAGACAUCCUGAUCAGAUUUGCUGCCUGGUGUUGCGUUCUAGGGCUUAUUUCUGUUGCUUUGACUAAAGUUUCCGAAAACGAAGGCUUUAUUCCAGUGAACAAAAAUCUCUGGUCCAUUUCCUACAUCACCACACUCAGCUGUUUUGCCUUCUUCAUCCUGCUUGUCCUAUACCCGGUGGUGGAUGUGAGGGGGCUGUGGACAGGAGCCCCGUUCUUUUAUCCGGGAAUGAAUUCCAUCCUGGUGUACGUGGGCCACGAGGUGUUCCAGGACUACUUCCCCUUUCAGUGGAAGCUGGAGGACAGCCAGUCGCACAAGGAGCACUUAAUUCAGAACAUAGUUGCCACUGCCGUGUGGGUGCUCAUCGCCUACGUUCUCUACAGAAAGAAGAUUUUUUGGAAAAUCUGAUAGUCCUGCUAACAUGUGUUCCUGGAAGACUCUGGUGGCCGGGGGGGAAGUAAUAAUGUAGCCUUUAUUAUUAAAGGGAAUCAUUAAUCAUAAAAUGAAUGAGAUGUUAUUUCCAGAUUAUCAGGAAAGAUGGCGAUGUCCUCAGAUUUGUUUACUGUAAUGUGCCUUGUGAGAACUCUGCCUGUGUGCUUGUGAUUCAUGCGUUUGAAAUGAGACUGUCUUUUUUCCUCUGUCUUCUCUGGAAAUGAUGUAUUUGAACUUCAUUCUAAGCAGAUCACCUUUAACUUCCCAAGAAGGAAUUACAUGGGCAUUUUUCUUCUGUGAUGGAGAAAACAGGCCAAGGUCUGAUCCUUACUGAUCUUGUUUCUGAUCUUACUGAUCUUGUUUCCCUGCAACCUGCCCUUCCGUGUGUACACACGCUGACAAAAACAUGCCGUCAUUGUGAUUGUGGUAGGCUCAGGUUAUGGAGUGUGAUGAGUCAUAACACAGUCUGUUUUUUUAAGUGUAGAUUAAUGCUUCAAGAAGGCCAAAGUAAUUUUCAUUUCAGAUUCACAAUGUUGGGUCCAAAAUAUGUCUAUCACAACCCAUUUUCUCCUUUUCCUCACUUGAAAGAAAAAGUUAAAAUACACAUUUCAUUCCCAGCCCCUCUUGUCCGU